AUGUUAUCAGUCUCUGAGGAGUAUCUGAACAAUGAAUACAUUUAUGCCACUGCUACCGAGUCCUCUGUGAGAGCCUCUGCUGCGUCCGUAAUCGCAGAGGCAACGGCCUACUUUCAAGAUUAUCAAGAUGACUUAAGUGUGUACGGAAUGACUCCAAGUUACGGUGGUAACAUGGCACUAGCAAUUGUCAUGGGUAUUUUUUUUGUUUUGAGUACCGGUCUAGGUCUAUACUAUAAGCAAUGGUGGUUUGGUACAUGUUUUUUCUUUGGAUGCGGUUUAGAAUUUGCCGGUUAUGUUGGACGAACAGUCUCAGCCAAGGAUCCUGUUUUAGUGGACCCCUUCUUGGACCAAAUUAUUUCACUUACUCUAGCCCCAGCUUUCAUCAUGGGUGGUAUUUACUACAUGUUGGCUAAACUGUGUUCUAUUUUCGGUGAGGGGCAUUCGAAACUGAAACCCAUGUCUUAUGCGAAAAUAUUUAUUAUUUGUGAUCUUGUGUCGAUUAUCAUCCAAGCCGUGGGCGGAGGUAUGGCUGCUAGUGCUGCUGCGAAUUAUGAGAAUGCGGACACAGGAACCCACAUCAUGGUUGCUGGUUUGGCAUUCCAAGUUGCAUCUAUGACACUUUUCCUCUACUUUUGGUUCGACAUGUGUUACUCUAUUUACAAAGUCUACAGAACGUCCGAGAACCCAGAUGACGAGUUCAAUGAUGAGUUCAAGGAUAUCAGACAAAGACCUAUGUUCAAUACUUUCCCAGUGGCUAUAACCUUGUCCACUUUGUUCGUUUACGUUCGGUGUAUAUACAGAGUGGCCGAGUUGUCUGAAGGUUGGAGAGGCCAUUUGAUUACUGAGGAGAUAUAUUUUUUGAUCCUGGAUUCUUUAAUGAUGUGCUUGGCAAUAGUUAUCAUGCUUAUAUACUUCCCUGGUUUCGUGUUUGGAAAAGACUCCCAUAUUCCUGUUAAAGGUUUUAGAUUAAGCAGGAAGAAGAAAGAGGAAACUCCUCAACCAGAUGGAGAUAAGCUGCUCACGGAUAACAAUGAACAAUCAGCCACCGACAAGGAUAGUGUUUAG